AAAAAAGAAAUAAUAAUAUUUGGGAUUUUAGAAAUUAUUUCAAAAUCCCUCUCUCUCUCUCUCUUUUUCAUCUUCUCCUCUCUCUGAAAUUUUCUGAAUUCAAAUUUCAAGCUCUGAAAUUUUUAUCAGAAAAAAUGGGUGUCCCAGAAACCGACCCACUUUCUCAGCUAAGCUUGCCACCGGGGUUUCGAUUCUAUCCCACAGACGAAGAGCUUCUGGUUCAAUAUCUGUGUCGCAAGGUUGCUGGGUACCAAUUCAGUCUGCAAAUUAUAGCUGAAAUUGAUCUCUACAAGUUCGAUCCAUGGGUUUUACCAAGCAAAGCAAUAUUUGGUGAAAAAGAAUGGUACUUUUUCAGUCCGAGGGACCGGAAAUACCCAAAUGGGUCACGACCCAACAGGGUAGCCGGGUCUGGGUACUGGAAGGCCACCGGCACUGAUAAGAUCAUCACCACUGAAGGUCGAAAAGUUGGGAUUAAAAAAGCUCUGGUUUUCUAUGUCGGCAAAGCCCCCAAAGGCACCAAGACCAAUUGGAUUAUGCACGAGUAUCGCCUAAUCGAACCUUCACGCAAAAAUGGCAGCACCAAGUUGGAUGAAUGGGUUUUGUGUCGUAUUUACAAGAAGAGCUCGAGCUCAGCUGCGCAGAAGCCCAUGACGACGAGCGUUUCGAGCAAAGAGCACAGCAACGGCUCGUCGUCUUCCUGCUCAUCUCAGCUGGACGACGUGCUCGAGUGGCUGCCGGAGAUUGACGACCGCUGCUUCACUCUGCCGCGCAUAAACUCGCUCAAAACGCUGCAGCAGCAAGAGGACAGCAAGCUCGGGUUUCAGAUGGGUUCUGGAAAUUUCGACUGGGCGAGUCUUGCCGGGCUCAACGUGGUGCCUGAACUGUGUCCGAAUAACCAGCCCCAGCAAGGCCAAGGGCAAAUGAAUGUGAACUAUAGCAACAAUGACAUGUAUGUCCCUUCGAUCCCGCCGCUCUGCCACGUGGAAUCUCCGCCGGAGAGGCUCGCGAAGACGGUGGACGAGGAGGUGCAGAGCGGGUUCAGAACUCAGCGGGUUGAUAACUCGGGGGUCUUUCAGAACUCGAACGUUAUGCCUCAGAACUUUUGCAACCCGACCGCCCCGUACGGGUACGGUACCCGAUUCGGCCGGUCGGGUUUGGGGUUUGGCGGUGGGGAAAAGGGAAAGUAGAAAGGGAAGUGCAUUUCGGUAGAGAAAUCAAGUAGGGGUGCAUUUCUGUAAAUACUCGGGAUUCUUUGGGCUAACAUUUUCGGUUUAGGCGGUGAAAGAAAGUUUGGGAGGAGGUUAGGAUGAAAAAAGGGUGAAUGGAAAUUCGCCCCUUCUUUUUUGAUGGUUUAGGCCAGAUUCAGUGUACUCAGCAGCGGGAAAGGAAGAAUCUUUGUACAAUUUAAUGCAGUUGAAUUAUAAUUUAAUUUCCAUCUGUCA